GGCAGAGCCAAAAGUUAGAAUAAAAGGACUGAGGGACAGAGCACCUCCAUUCACUCACCUCCUGAGGUACCAACAGACCUUGUGCUACCUGUCAUCUUGCUCCUGAGCACUCACCAGCUGAGAUGUCCUGCCAGCAGAGCCAGCAGCAGUGCCAGCCCCCUCCCAAGUGUCCUCCCAAGUGCCAGACACCAAAGUGCCCUCCCAAGUGCCAGACACCAAAGUGUCCUCCAAAAUGCCCCCCAAAAUGCCCUCCUAAGUGCCCCCCUGUGUCAUCCUGCUGCAGCCUGGGGUCUGGUGGCUGUGGCUCCAGCUCUGGUGGCUGCUGUGGCUCCAGCUCCGGGGGCUGCUGCAGCUCUGGGGGUGGCGGCUGCUGCCUGAGCCACCACAGGCCCCGCAGAUCUCUUCGUCGCCAUCGUCACAGCUCUGGAUGCUGUAGCAGUGGUGGCAGCAGUGGGUGCUGUGGUAGCAGCGGGGGUAGCAGUGGGUGCUGUGGCAGCAGCGGGGGCAGCAGUGGCUGCUGUGGCAGCAGCGGGGGCAGCAGCUGUGGUAGCAGUCAACAGUCUGGGGGUUGCUGUUGAUCUUUGUCAGGAGGACCUCAGACAAGCAGUGAAAAAGGAAACCUCCGGAGGAAGACUGCCUGCUCUCUCUUCCUCCUGUCGUGGGCCUAGAGAUGCUGAAAUUAUGUGGAAAAUUCUGAAUGCCCUAACAAGCAGGGUAACUCAUUUUCUGUAUUACAAAAUAAUAAAAUCUUCCUUGCAAUCUU